UCUCGCAUUUGUUCACGAUCGCCUUGUCGGCUUCUCUGACGAUGGCAGUGGUCACAAAAUGGAACGCUUGGAGGCCCCUCUGGACCUCGUCGCUGGUGUAUUGGAGGCGGCGGUACAGCUCCGAGCUUGGCACGUUUGGGUUGCCGACAGGUGCAUGUCUCUCGUUGUUGCCGAUCAAUUGGCCGUCCAGUCCUACAGUCUUGACCGCUUGGAUAAGCGACUUUCUCCACGAGUCAUACCCAUGGCCGCGACUCUCCCCUUCGAGACGCGGGGCGUUGACUGUUACUCUCUUCGUGUUGCUACUGCCGUAGCCGUCGAGGUGUUCUCCAUUUCCUCGAAUCACGGGUAUCUCAUCUGGCGGGUUUAACCCCCUCGCUUCCCCGUAGUCCGGUCCUAUGCCCGGGCCCACUCCGGCUGGUCUCGCAGGAUUCGCUCCCGAUCUGCUGGCCCAGCUGCCUUCCAGCAGCUGACGUGUUACUUGUCCACCAUCUCUUGCUUGCUGCUGGAGAAAUCUCCCGCCUUGGCCGUGCGGAUGCAGGGGCUCUUGGCCUCCGGUGGCGGCAACCCAGCCGCCCCUACUGGCUGCAUCCGCCACGACGCUGCCAGGCUCCUUCUUCUUCACCGACUCCUCCACCAGGGCCGCCAAUUGCGAAAUCUGCCGUUGCAAACUUGCAAGCUUGGCGUCGCGGCCCUCCUGCACCGGCGGGCGGAUCUGUUCUCCGCUCGCAGCAGCGCGCUCUUCGUCUCCAGCAGAGCUCAUCCCGAUGUGGCUUCCCUCGAGGGGCAAAACUCUAGAGUGUUUGCGGCCUACGCCACUUAUUUAUCGGUACUUUCGGAUACAAGUGAUCACGUGCUGUUAUGCAUACAGCAGCAUUUGUAUAUCGAUGCAUUAUCGGUUUUCAAUCGCCCCCCCCACACCCCUACUCUUACUCGCGCCUACCAGCUCCAUCCUGACAAGGUGUUGGGAAUACACCUCCAGGGAGCGAACCCGGCGUGGAUAGGUCCGUUCGAGCUGCUGUCGGAAGAGGAGCUGAGAUGGUGGAAGGAGAGCAUGUUCGGACCCGACGAGAAACCGCCGCCGGCGCCUAGCGUCCCCGAUGGAGACAACGAACUUUCACCGACAACGACAGCAGCAGAAGAGGAAGGGCCGAAAGGGCCGUGGCGCAGAGUGCCGAGAUGGAACAGCGAUUGUUUGGCUGCUCUGGUCGAGCGAAUUUCUCGGGCGGCUGGAAACGCCUCAGAUGAAGGGGCGAGGGCCCUUCAGACGCUGGCGGGACGCUCCGCGGUGCUGGGGAGAGAAGGGGGGGUGUGGCUCAGGAGACGAUGGCGCAAGAAGGCAGUCUACUUCCUGGUCGGGGUGUACGGGCUCCGGCUGGCGGGACGAGUGGUCGCGAGGGUGAAGGCGAACGCGCUGAGCGUCGGAGACAUUAUCCUCGAUGCCGAAGACCAAAAUCUGCUGAACCGAGGCGCAGUGCUCGACACGGAGGGCCAGGCUAUCAUCCUCAGGCUUCGCGAGCUCGGACCACCCGCCGCCACCUCCGCCGCUACCGAUGUCGCGACCGCUGCCGCUGCUGCUGACCCGCAACGGGAACGAUCGAAAGAGGCAACCACGCAACUGAGCGCGUACAAUGGCACAGAUGGCGAUGAUGGUGUUAGUCUUGCCGCCGGGGGAAUGGGGGAUGUAGGCGGCGGGUGGGGAGCCGUGGAGAGCGGCGUCCGACAAGCGAUCGGCUUGCGAUGCGCCGGUCGGGGCGGAGGGUUAGUGGGGGGGAGGGCCCGAUAUGCGGACGAGCUUGCGGAGGCCCUGCGAACACUCGAGGAGGCUAGGUGGGCGCGGCUCUGUGACGUGUCCCUGCGAUCGCUCCGGGACGGGCUGAUGCGUGCUUCGUCGGACCUGUCAGACUUGUCGUCUUAUUGGAAGGAUCAGAGGUCGGCCCACAGACGCAUGGGGGUCGUCAAGUCGGUCGUGCUUGGAAGGAUUGUCCACGGGAAGGCUUCCGGCAAGCGCGUUGCGGUGGAGAAGGACCAAGAGAACGUUUCCACCGCGGAGUUGCUGCUAGAGGGCUACUUGAAGAGACUGGGCGGUGUCCAGGCACAUCUACAGGCGCGACCGAAGCCUUGCCUGGGAUCCUCCUCGACAGCGGCAGAGGAAGGGGCUGGCGUGUUUUCUCCGGUUGACGUCAUAGCUCUCGAAGCCUGGGUACAAAAGGGCAUGGAGUUGUUCCUCGGAUCCCUAGAGUACGUCGAGGCGGCUCUCGAGCAAAAGAAAACAGCACCAGGCGAAGACGGCGACACCGAUAACGGUAUCGCCGCUGGCCACGUUAGCCACAGAGCAAGCCCCAUUAAAAGCGAAACAUCUCUGGAUGUGGUUGGAGCCAUCGCUCCAGCAGGAGCAACAUCAGAGACGGCGGUAAAGCAGGGGUCGGGCAUGCCGACAGCCGACGAUGCCUUCGAGAGGAUCGAUGUUAGCGGCACUUCGUUUGCCUCUAAACCCGAUGACGUGUCUCACACCAUGCAGCAGCUUCGGGCAGGCGGAAAAAGCGGUAGUGGCCAUGACAGUGGAAAUGCACCGUUGCCCUCGGGCGCUGCAUCGAGUCCAGCCCCUCGUUGUGUGAUGACCAGUGCUGUCGCUGCUGCUGCUUAUGGCAGCGGUCAUCGUUCUCUCCCCGCUAUUCUCCUGUUGCGUUCAAAGCCCAAGAAGACAAAAGACGUAGCGGAAGGGGGGGGAUGGGGAUGGAGCGCUGCAAAGUCGCCGGGGAACAAAGAUGUGUCACCAUCAUUAACAGCACCAUCAUGGGGUGUACGCCGUGCGGCAAAGGAGCGGGACCUCGAAAAGGCGGAACGCAAAAACACUGCCACCAAGCCUACCACCAGUCCGAAGCCAGGCUCAGGAGGAAAGCAAGAGGGGGGUGGGGCGAGAUGGGGGAAACGUGCCACAAUGAGGCAGCCGAACAAUCGCGAGAAGGGAGCAGCAGCCCAAGCGGGCAAGAAACAAGAGAGCCGGGGCGGUAAAGGCACCGAGGUCUCGGGUGGCCUAUGGGAGUGGCUCCGGCAAGGAGAAGAGUCCGCUGCCGAAAAGAACGCUCGCGGCAACGGCAGCGCUGCCAAGCGGUCGGCUGCUCCUGAUGCUGAAAUUAAGGGGAGAAAGGGAGCCGCUCGGGAAAGUGCUGAUGCUCUCAAGGCGACGGCUCCCAAGAAAGAGCGUGCUGGCGGCCGCGACGGUGACAGCGGUAGCGCUGCUAAGGGUGGAGUAGGAACGGGAUCUUUGGCGUCAUCGUUGCCUCCCAUGGCGGCGGCUCUACGUGAGCCGCCGGCCGAUCGCGCUGGGAUGGACAGGACACUGCCGCCGGGGCCUGAGAUCGGAGCUAAACCCACACGUGCAACUCCCUCCGACCCGAGUUUGUCAGCAGACCAGGACGACGAUUUUUUUCUCUUUGGCCCUUUCGUCUCGCGGUCGACCAGCUCGUUGUCGACGCCUGAUGUCUACGCCCGAGCCCUGCAGCGCGACGAAGAAUACUCGAGGGUCAGGAGAGAACAGUUGAUCGGACGGAAGCACCGUGGCGUUUUGGUUUCCGGCGAGGAGAGUGCGACAGCAGUGGACGGCAGUGACUUGACCAUCAGUAGCGCCGCCUCGCCUUUGUCCGACGACGGCGUCGGUUCCACCGCUGGAAACACGACGGCCUCUUGUGGUCAAGGAGGGUUGCUUGCGGCUUGCACUGAUCGUUGCGUGGCCGCCUGCAUGUCCGUCGCCGACGGAAUCUCCCACGGGACGAUGGCGUUGGUGACCUCGCCGGCGACGCUGGUGCGGGCCUUAGCCAGCGUUGUAGUUUCCGGCGGGGAGAGUGAGGCAGCAGGGGGCGGCAGCGACUUGCCUUCGUUCGACGACGACGUCGGUUCCGCCGCUGGAAACGUAACGACCUCUUCUGGUAAAGGGUUGCUUGCGGCUUGCACUGAUCGUUGCGUGGCCGCCUGCAUGUCGGUCGCCGAGGGAAUCUCCCACGGGACGAUGGCGUUAGUGACCUCGCCGGCGACGCUGGUGCGAGCUGUAGCCGCAAGCGUCACCCGUUCGGAUGAUGACCUUGACACCGGUGGCGAGGAAAAUGCCGUCGGGGCCGGUGUGACGGCCAUGACUACACCGAGGGUUGGCGAAAAGGCGGCAGUGGGAGGUGGCCGCAACGGCAUUUAUGUCAGCAGUGGCGGAAGUUCUCCUUCGCGCGACGGCCUCGGUCCCGCUGCCGGAACAGUCAAUGGCUCUUCCACUGGCGGGAUGCUUGCGGCUUGCGUUGGCCGUUGCGCAGCCGUGUGCGGGUCAGUCGCGGGAGACAUCUCGCGCGGGACGGUGGCGGUGGUCAAGUCGCCGGCGAGGCUGGUGAGGGCCGUAGCCGGCAGCGUCUCUCUAUCCAAGAUUGACCUCGACGACGGAGAUGAAGAGGUAACUCCCGCGGCUGGCGCCGCAGGCAAGGCCGCACCCACUGCUAGAGCCCCAGGGACAGCGGGAGACGGCCACGAUAGGGCCAGCGCAAGCAAGGGCGAGGACGACCACCAUGACGGCGCGCAGCCGACGGGCAACUCCCUGGACCACCUCUACCGGUCAGUGGCCGGCGGUGUCUCGUCCGGCUACGAGAAAUUGGCCGCGGCAGUGCACACCGUGUCGAAUGCGACGUUUGCCACGAUCGACCUCGAUGACGACCACAAGCCGGCAGCAGAUGAGGAAGUAGCCGAGGCGAAAGAGGUGGUCGGAAGCUUCAAUAUCAGCAGCGUGGUGACGCGUCCUUUCGAGAUGGUAUUGGUGCGUCCCUGCUCUUUCCUGUGCGAGCUGGUCGCCGGAGGCGUCUCAGCCUGCUACGGAGGUGCGUCAGCCUGCUGCGAGGCAGCUGCCGGGGCGAUGUGUAGCUUGGGAAGCGCAACCCUGCACGUGGGGAACGGGGCGCUUCGGGUCGUGCGGAACACAACACGGGUCUGCAUCGGGGGAGCGGGAGUCGUGCUCUCUUCGCCCGUAAAACUCGCACGUGCGGCUGCCAGUGGCCUGUCGGCAUGUACCGGGCCGCCCGGUGGCACGGCGGUUGCCGAGGUUGCCGCCAAGCUCAAGCGCCGGGGAGGAGAUCUCUGCGUCCUGGUCGGGAAGGGAGUGUCCUCGGGCUGCGUGGCGACGACGGCGUCGGUGUGUCUUGCGGGAGGCGCCGUCGUGAAAGGCCUCGAGAAGUCCGCAAGCGUCGCCGGACGCACGGCCGGCGUGGCGCUGUCCGCACCGGGCAAGCUUUCGCGGGCGUUCGCGACCGGCAGCGGAAGAGCAGGUCGGUCGGCGGGACGUGCCGGGGGAAGUGUCUCGCGGGCGGUCGUGGCCGGGAGCGGCAGGGCUGGGCGGUCGACGGCCGCGGUGCUCACAGCGAGCUGGCUCUGCACGGCAGCGACAGUGUGCAUGCUGGGUGAUGCAGCGGCGCAGGGCGCCGUCGUGUCGACCAAAACCUGCCUUGGCUGCGUCGAGCUCGCUGGCCGUGUGCUCUUCGUCCUGCCCGCGAAGACUGCGGUGCGUGUCGUCGACCUCGCGCUUCGCCCGUUUUCUGGAGGUGGCCAUGGUAGAGAAGGCAAAAAGAAAACCACCCAGGCGGGAGACGGCGGGGUGACAAGGCCAACGGCACCAGCGAUAAAGUCAACGGCACCGGUGAGUCAAACGACAACGAAGCCGGUAUCCUCCGGAACGACGGGUUCGGCACCGUCGGUCGGUAGCUGGGCUGCUAGGACGUGGGCGUUCCCCGUCUCCCUGCUGGGAAGACGCUCCUCGCCGUCCAGCCUGAUAGACCCCAUCUCCCUGCCGGACCCUUCGUCUUCCAGCUGUUACGACAGCGGUGUAGGUGCCGACCUCUCGUUGCCGUCAACGUCGAAGGCGCAGAAGGUGGACGCGGCGUUGGCUCAUUGGGUGUGCUCGGCACCCUCGACCGACGUUCCACAGGACAGCGGACGCCGGAGUCGCUUGCUUGUGGAUGGCGCCUCGAGAGCACGGAAGGUAGCGCUGCCCAGCAGUAGUACCAGCAGCGGAAAGCGGAGUAGGAGCGCGACCGCCGGCCCCGUUGCCGUCGGCGGUGUUGCGAGAGCGCCUUGCAUCACUCGGGCCUUGCGUUCGCUGGCGGCGAAGGAGGCAGCGGAAGCGGGCGCCGCGCGCCCUGCUCACUGGAGGAGACUGCGCAGGGCCGCGCGCUUGGCGGUCGUGGUACCGGUGGCGGUGCGGUCGGCAAGGUAUGCGCGCAGCAAUAGGGAGGAACUGGGACGAAUCACCAACGAGGCGGCGACGGGGGUUUCCAGCUUCUUUUCGGACCAGCUGUGGCAACCGUGCGAGGCGAUUGGAAAGCAAAUCUUCUUCCGCGAGCGAUCGGAGCUGAUGGACAAGGACUCCCUCGAGGAUGCAGAGACGAGUCUCCAGAACAUGCUCCACGACUUCGUUUACGACGACAAGAACAACGUCCCGGAGAACCUCAGGGAGGAGGCGGUGGCAGCAAUGGACAUGUCAGUCGUGAGCCGCCAGCUGGAAGAGGAGACAAAGUACUCCAUUCGUGGCACAGUGAACGGCCGGAUCCCGCGCAUGCUGCUCAUUCAGGCGAGUAGCUUUCUGAACCCAACCACAUCAAUCGCCCCAGCUCGAAUAGCUACGUUCCUCAAGAAAGAGCUCCUGCACUCGAUGCAGGCCAUCGACGAGCUCUUUCAAGCAAACCAGGCGAGUGCGGGCGCUUUGUUCACCGCAGCAGCAUAUUGUAGCGCCCACAGCAAAAUUUUCGCGCUUGCUUGGGUCACCCUUAGGCUGAUCAGCGUAAUACCGGCAGCGCUCCUCCUCUUCGCGGUGGCCAAGGUGUCCGGGCCUUUCGUGCACGCGGCGUCCUCCCGGCGGUUGGAGCCCACGACCGCCGUCCACCGAUCCAUGCGCGCCUCCCUGCGGGAGAUCGAGCGGCUGCUGACGGGGUUCGUGGGAAGCCAUGAGCCCGUCGGAGAGGAGUUAGAGGGAUUCGCGAGCCGUGGCCUCCUGCAGGACGAAGAGAUGGGAAAACUGGCGGUGAGGGGGCACGUUGACUGCGAACUAUCUCAGACCACCUUGAGGCAAAACGCCUCCCGCUUCGACUCCAGGACGAGGAGGAGGCUGGAGGAGGACCUCGCCGACCUGAUGGCGCGGGGCCGCCCGACGGUGUCGCAGCAGAUCGCGGUGGUGCACCGCAUGCAGCGUUCGUACCCGUUUCUCCGCGCGGGCGGAGACAGCGGAGGAAGAGGAGGAGAAACGUAGGCAGUGAAAAACGUUUUUGGUACCAUGCUCAGAAGAUGGUUGCGGUAUUUACCUCAGUAUAUUCGCGUAUAGAGCGCGUCACACUUGGAGAACUGAGAGUUAAAGAAUCUCAGGCUAAAAGAGAGAUAAAACCCAAGAGGUUGGUCUGAAGAACAGGUGCUCAGUUCAGAAUCGUACAAUAGAACUUUUGUGCCAUGUAUAUUUGUUGGCUUACUCCCAUAACCACCCACAACCCACAGCGGCAACAAGAAUAGAACCUCGGGCAAGAAUAAGAGGUUCUCAAUUGGUGACGCCUACGUAGGAGGAGCGUGCGCUCGACAUAAGAAAUGUGCCGGGACCGGUUGCUUCUCGCGGAUGCAGUGGUGGAGGGUGAUGGUGGAGGCGAGGGCAGUCAAUGAAAUUAAGGUUCGAGAAGAGCCUUUGUAUGUGAUACUGAAGUAUGAAGAGAGGCUACAGGCGGCCGGUGUGGCCAGUUGAACCCUUCAUUAAGGCCCUCCCCGCCGCACCCUUCGCAGUUUGGAAAGUUCAAGUGGGCGGGCUAUUUCGUGAGGUAUUGCAGUAGGCAAGCAACCAGUUGUGGUUGAAGAUGAGGGCGAGAGGUCGGCGAUGAAGCAAGAGAUUGAGAGGCCAUGAUGACACUGCGUCCGUAGAAAUGUGCGCGGAAGGUUCUGUGCAGACGAGGAGGUGCCGUGAAGAAUAAUGCGUUCGCUUGGCGGAAGGGACACGCUUGGUUGGCACGUAGAGGAGCCAUGUGCCGGGGAGGGUGUGCGUGAAGAAUGAUGCAUGGCUCCAUGACUCUGAAGUGGUACUGAAGCGCCCGACGUCCGUCCCUAGAAGCGUGAGCGAAAGGAUCCGCGGAGGCGCGGGGGUGGGUGGGUGGGUGGGGGGUAAGUCUCGCAGCUGGACGAAGCUCAGCCCCUCAUCGCUCUCUGUCGUAUUUGAUAAUUCGAAGUACAUAGUCUACAGUAGGCGCCUUCAUUGAACGUUUCUCUUCGUGUGUCACAGCAGGACGAGCCGCUUUUCGUAGUCGGUCGGUUUGGCGGUCGGUCUUUUUGUGUUUUCUUCGCAACCCCCGGGCGUGUCUGCCCUGUCUCUUCGGGUGGCCAGGGAAGUCCGCGGUGCCGCAAGACUAAUUGGCUAUGUAUUUCAUUUACCAACACUUGAAGUACGUGUACGGAGGUGAAUUUGUCGGGUGUCGCCCAGCGCAGGAAGAGCCGUUUAGGCUGGUUUUAGAAACGAUAAUUAAGGUUGUCUUACAAGAUUGUGCGUCAUGGCACUUGAACCCGAGCCGGGUGAAGCCGUGUUGAGGGCGCGCGCGUGCGUGGGGC